UUCACAGGGUCUGAAUGCAUUUCGCCUGUGUAAUGUAGGCCGUGGAAGAUAAACGCUCUGUAUCGAGAACCCCAGAGAAAUGCUGGCUAAACGAUGAUGGUAAAAAAAAAAAAAAACAUGAAAUCUGACACGGACUGCGUUUCCCCAACUCACCCAGACAAUGGGACACAGUGUGUGCAGCAAUAACAAGCUACACUUGGGACUCAAACGUCUCGAAAAUAAAACUAUCUACAAAACAGCAGCAAGUGACUACAGCUGGAUUCGUGUAACUAUGUUUGACUGGACAGCGAGGAAACAAAAACGAGUGGAGAAAAAAACGAAAUAAUAAUAAUAAUAAUAAUAAUAAUAAUAAUAAUAAUAAUAAACGCAGUUUAUAUCGAGAAUUCUGUACCCAGCGUGCAGUCUGGAAGCCAGUAUCUUAUCUAAGGUGCCUGGUAUUCGAUCUCUGUCCGUGGUGCUGAAACUAGUUCUUUGAAUACGGUUGUACAAAUCGAGGUCCGGGGUCCCGAGGACUUUGCUACACACUUUCUUUUUGGUUAUCAUCUUUAAAUUACCCCAAUCUGCUACGAUCUGAAAUAAGAAACGGGAGAUCUGCUCACCUUGGAAGUGCGAUAUCCACACCGGAGUUCAUCUAGUGCGCACAGUAACCCUUUUGGUUCUUCCAAGAACUGGCAAAAAUGUACCGGCUAAACGCACUUGGGAUCUAUCUUUGGGAGACAAUAUUAUUUUUCAGUUUAGCAGCAUCAAAAGAAGCAGCAGCUCGUAAACCCACCACCCCCAUGUCCCCCUCUGAGUUCUUGGACAACCUCAUGGGCAAAGUGUCAGGCUAUGAUGCAAGAAUCAGACCUAAUUUCAAAGGACCUCCAGUAAAUGUCACAUGCAACAUCUUUAUCAACAGUUUUGGCUCCAUCGCUGAAACCACUAUGGAUUACAGAGUCAAUAUUUUCCUGAGACAGGAGUGGAAUGAUCCGCGGUUAGCCUACAGCGAAUACCCAGAUGGCUCUCUGGAUCUGGAUCCUUCUAUGUUGGACUCCAUUUGGAAACCAGAUUUGUUUUUCGCCAAUGAGAAGGGAGCCAAUUUCCACGAGGUGACCACUGACAACAAGCUGCUGCGGAUCUUUAAAAACGGAAACGUGUUGUACAGCAUCAGGAUAACGCUAAUCCUUGCUUGUCCCAUGGACCUGAAGAAUUUCCCCAUGGAUGUGCAGACUUGCAUCAUGCAGCUGGAAAGCUUUGGAUACACCAUGAACGACGUUAUCUUCGAGUGGGAUGAGAAGGGAGCCGUGCAGAUUGCUGAUGGGCUAACGUUACCUCAGUUUCUCCUGAAAGAAGAGAAGGACUUGCGGUACUGCACCAAGCACUACAACACAGGGAAGUUUACCUGUAUUGAAGCUCGUUUCCACCUGGAAAGGCAGAUGGGUUACUACCUGAUCCAGAUGUAUAUCCCUAGCUUGCUGAUCGUCAUCCUGUCCUGGGUCUCGUUCUGGAUCAACAUGGACGCAGCGCCGGCCCGGGUGGGCCUGGGCAUCACCACCGUGCUCACUAUGACCACUCAGAGCUCAGGUGCCAGGACUUCCCUACCAAAGGUGUCCUAUGUGAAGGCCAUCGAUAUCUGGAUGGCCGUGUGUCUACUCUUCGUGUUCUCAGCCCUGCUGGAGUACGCUGCGGUGAACUUCCUCGCACGGCAGCACAAGGAGCUGCUGCGUUUCCGCAGGAACAGGCGACACCACAAGGAGGAUGAAGCUGGGGAGGGUCGCUUCAGUUUCACAGCCUAUGGGAUGGGCCCUGCCUGUCUGCAGACCAAGGAUGGAAUCUCCAUGAAGGGCAACAACAACACCCCCCCAUCUAGCGCCCCUCCUGAGAAAACCGUGGAGGAGAUGCGCAAACUCUUCAUCGGGCGAGCCAAGAGGAUCGACACAGUGUCCCGUGUGGCCUUCCCACUCGCCUUCCUCAUAUUUAACACUUUCUACUGGAUCUUCUACAAGAUCAUCCGAAGCGAGGACCCCCACAAACAAUAAGGCUGGCGGGUGAGCAGAGAUAUUACCAGGAGGAGAUAGAGAAUUACUGGUGGUUGGUGAUGUCAAACGUUGUUUUUUUUGUUUGUUUUUUUUCUGGACCUGUGCAAUAGCAAUGCAGUAAAAUGCAUGAAAUAUGAAUGUGGCAAUAUAUUUACAAAAAGAAAAUAAUAAUAAUAAUAAUGAUAAAUAUUUUUUGAAGACAAACUGGGAAUCUCCUUGUGACAAUAAAACUAAAGACAGAUGGAGGAGCCCCUUCCAAGAACGUCGCAACUGCAAGACCAACCUGCGGACAAAGAAAUCUAAACAGGGCAGAAACGAAAGCAGUGUAAUAUAUUCCAUGUGUAUUUUAAAUGCAAUAGACUUCUGUUCACGGUUACGCUAUUGGAUUUAAGGCAUGCAGUGAAAGAUAUGUAAACAAAGGUGAUUCGGUGCUUCCAACAUUAGUGAGUUUUUUAAAUCUAUAGGGUCAACAAGUGAUGCAAGUGUUUGCCCCAUGUAUCCUUAUUUUUAUUUUUAAUUUAAUGGAUCUGCUCUUCUCAAGCCCCUCCCCAGUUCCUGCAUUGAUGAAAUGAGAAUUAUUACAAAUGCAAAUGGCAGGAAUGGGGGCUUUGACAAGAGUGGAUCUGGGCUUUAUUUGUAUGUUUGUUUGUGUGUUUGUUUGUUGCCCAGCCAGCAUUUGUAUGUUCAUCUGAAUGCCUGGGUGUAAAACAUAUUUUAUAUUAUUUCCAUUUCUGUGACCGUUAGGCUUGUGUAAUGAUUUCAGUAUGGGGGUUAUGUGACCACCAGAGCGAGACCUCGUCAGCACCCUAGCUGCAGAAUUCUGAACAUACUGGAGCCUUUGAAGGGUAUCCUUUGACACCCCAGUAAGUAAGGCAUUACAAUAGUCAAGCCUGGAGGAUACAAACGCAUGUACAAGCUUUUCUGCAGCAGACAGCAACAAGACGGUGCAGCCGAGCAAUGUUCUUUAGAUGGAAAAAAAGACAACUUGGUAAUAUUCCAAACAUGUGGCUCAAAAGUUAAGCUAGGGUCAAAAAUGACCCCCAAGUUUCUCAUUUUAGAACAAAACUCCGUUAGCACCCCGUCAAUGGUCAUGUUUUGACAACUGGAUUUCCGCAGUUGAUGCAGGGUUCCUAAUAGCAUCACUUCAGUCUUGUCGCUGUUGCGCUGCAGAAAAGUCUGUUGCAUCCAGAGCUUGAUGUCAGCAAUACAGUUGGUGAGCUCAGGAACAGCCAAGUCAAUAUCAGGUGUGGUUUGCAGAUAAACCUGAGUAUCAUCAGCAUAAAUGUGAAAAUUUACACCAUGAUUUCUAAAAAUUUGGCCGAUUGGAAGCACAUAUAUGCUAAAUAGAAUUGGUCCUAGUAUGGAGCCCUGAGGAACACCGAAAGAAACCAACCCAGUAGUAGAUCUGAAACCACCCAGAGGGACAAAAUGCUUUCUCUCCAGGAGAUACGAGUUAAACCAAUCAAGGGCAGUACCAGCAUGUUCGCCACCCGGGCAAGAAGUAUAUUAUGGUUCACAGUGUCAAAAGCAGCACUAAGAUCCAAUAAUACCAAGAUAGAGAGGGCCCCCCUAGUCAGAAGACAACAACAAAUUGUUAACAACCUUGACUAGAGCUGUUUCAGUGCUGUGCAACUGUGGAAAGCCUGACUGUAAUGGUUCAUAAAGUUUAUUUACCAGAAGAUUAUUAUUUAAUUGUUGUGCUACAACACGUUCCAGAACUUUAGAUAAGAAAGGGAGGUUUGAAAUAGGCCUAUAGCUGCCCAGAUUAUCAGUGGGAAGAUUAGAUUUUUUUUCAAUAAUGGUAUGAUAGUAGGAGUUUUAAAUGCAGAGGGUACAAUUCUAGAACUCAAGGACCCAUUAAUGAUUAUAGUCACAAACGGACUGAGAGUCUGGAAACAGGAACGAAUGAGGAAAGUAGGAAUUGGGUCUAGCAGGCAGGUAGUUGGCUUCAUUUUAAAAAACAAUUUGUUAAGCCCAAUGACAGUAACAGGAGUGAAACUAGCCAGUGGAGUGCUGGUAAACACAUGUUGAUGAUAAAGUGAGGUACGUGGCGCAAGGUCUUAGAAUUGACAUCUAAUAUUGGCAAUCUUGGUAAUAAAAAAUUCCGAGAAAUUAUUGCAAAGACCUUGAGAGGCAAAUAAUGCAGUGAAGCUACUUGGCUCUAACAUUCUGCUUAUUGUAGAAAAUAAAAGCCUAGAAUUGUCAUGACCAUUCUCAAUAAGAUUGAAGAAAUAAGUAGAUCUAGCAACAGUUGUUGUUUCCAGGCCUGAGCAUAAACAAUUAGCCCAGAGUCCCUCCACUUUCGCCCAAGUUUCCAGCAAACAGCCUCAUCAGUAUAGCAGGGUGAACAGUGAAUAUAGGAGACCUUUCCGGUUAUAAGAGGUGAUUAAAAUCCUGGUAAAUUUCAGAGAUACAUUGACAAUAAUUCAACAAAUUCAGGCAAGAAUAAGUUAUUAUGUUUAAAACCAUAUCCAGAGGUUGAGACACAGACAUUUUAAGAAUUAAGUACUCAAAUGACUGAAAAUCAGGAACAGGAAAUAAACACAGAUCAAACAUGACUGCCAAACCACCUCCACGUCCCAUGGUGCAGGGUUUAUCAAUAAAACCAAAACCAGAGAUGGCAACCUCAUUCAACAGGAGACGAUCAUUUUGUUGAUGCCAAGUUUCAGUCAGACAAAGAAAGUCAAGAUUAUUGACAGUGAUAAACUUACUCAGUAACAACUCCUUGUUGUUUAAGGAACUGGAGUUAAAUUGAGCCAUUUUGAGUGGUCUGCAAGGAAGUGGAUUAGCAAUGUUAGAAAAAGUCUCCCUGCCAAUGUGUCUGCCUUGUAAACUCAGCUGGCUAGUUUACUCCAGUAUAGAAUCACUCUUGCUCGUGCCAUCACAGUGAACAGAGACGCGCCCAAACACCUGCAUCCCAGAACCUCACUACAUCAUACACAAUAUUCCCCCCCGAUUCUCUGCACUUUAUUUUUAGUGAGUAUCUGUUUGUUGUGGGUCUAACAUGAGACAGGAACAUCGUGUCCCAGAUUUAUAGCACUUAAAUGGCUUGUAAUCGAAUUCCACUUGCCAAAUUAAUUUUUUCUCCAGUUCUUUAUGAAACCAAAGAAUUCCUUACUGAAAUAAUAAUUAAAAAAACAAAAAAAUCUCGGAAUAUUUAAGAAAACUGGAAGUUGUUAUUUACUUCUCAAAGUGUUUUUGUCAUUUGCUUGUCCCGUUUUUCGAAAGGUAAAAAAAAAAACUGAGAAUAUAUUGAAUGAUAUUCUUAAUAUAUGUUCACAAACAUACUGUAUCUUCCAAUAUUUCAGCGUAUAUCUGGCAAUACGAAGAAGUUGUUCAUUUUGUGGUAUGAAAAAAAUACAAA